AUGGCGGAUUGUGGUGUUAGUGAAAUGAUAUUUCGUGUGCCUGUUGUUGUUGUUAUGGGUGCCACAGGAGCUGGAAAAUCGAAAUUAGCCAUCGACAUUGCGAAGAAAUUCGGGGGAGAGGUUAUAAGCGCCGAUUCAAUGCAGGUGUACCGAGGGCUGGACAUCAUCACCAACAAGGUGACGGUGGAGGAGGCGCAGGGCGUGCCGCACCACCUGCUGGACUUCCUCGAACCCACGCAGAGGUUCUCCGUGGUCGACUUCCGCGACGCCGCACUGCCCAUCAUCGACGACCUGGUGUCGCGGCAGAAGCUGCCCGUGGUGGUGGGCGGCACGCACUACUACAUAGAGUCGCUGCUCUGGAAGGUGCUGGUCACCGGUGGCUCGCCGGACGAGGCCACCAAGAGGCGCCACGCAGACGACGCCGCCGCUUCCGACAGUGAUGGCGAGGACGCGGUGAGCGAGGCCAUCCUGAAACGCAGCCGCGGCGCCGGCGACCCGGAGGAGCUGCGUUCUGUGUCCAGCGAGGAGCUGCACCGCCGCCUCCAGCUGGUCGACCCCGAGAUGGCGGCCAGCCUCCACCCCAACAACCGCCGCCGCAUCAUCAGGUUGACGGGAAGUCGUCGCGCCGCCGGCGUCGGCGCCAGCCAGCCUCGUGAACCACCUGCUCCGGAGGCGGAGGCGGCGCCUGCCGCACCAGGGACACAGCUGGCGGCGAGCCGUGCGUACGCGCCGCUUACGCAAUGUGGCACGCUACGCACGCGCUAUCAGCGCCGGCGUUACGUAAACGUGUCGAGGUUAAGGACCGGCUCCUGUUGCCAGGGGGCGCUCGCUUCCUGCGGGGUGACUUCCGGGGGACUGCCAUUUAAACCGCCGCCGCCUCCCCGCUUGUGUGUUUCUGGUGAAAUUUAA